AUGGCUGCCCCGAGCGUCAUGGCGACGGAGCUCCUGCCGCGCUUCCUCCUUCCGCGCCUCAGCUGGGCCGCUCCCGUCCCCGCGUGCCGGUCGGCGCGACCCUUCGCCUCGGUCCAGCCGAGGGACCAGCGGCGGUCCUUUGCGGCCCUUCAGGCUGGUCCUGCAGCCCGGCGAUGCUCUCACCAUAUCGAGAGUCCGAUUCUCCGACGGGCGUUCCAUGCGACGGCAUUGAGGCAGCGCGAUCACCACUUCGAUACGCUCAAGUUCGUCAAGCGACUACAAAGCGAGGGGUUCACCGAGGUUCAGUCGGUAGCCAUGAUGAAGAUCCUCAACGACGUCAUCGAAGAGAGCAUCCAAAACCUCACCCGAACCAUGGUCCUCCGCGAAGACGCCGCCAAGGCCACCUACACACAAAAGGUCGACUUUGCCAAGCUCCGUUCCGAGCUCCUCUCGGCCGACAGCACCGAAUCUAACACGACGCGGACGGCACACGAGCGGCUGACCAAUGAUAUUGCCAAGCUGAGCAGCCGGCUGCGCGACGAGAUCAGCCGGACGCAGGCUAGUGUGCGGUUGGACUUGAACCUCGAGAAGGGCCGCAUCCGCGAGGAGGCCGUUGGCCAGGAGCUCAAGAUCAAGGAGACUGAAACCAAGAUUGAGCAGGAGGUUGCGGCGUUGCGAGAGAAGCUCGAGCAGGUCAAGUUCCAGACGCUACAGUGGCUAAUGGGUGUGUGCACGGGUUUUGCGGCGCUGCUGCUGGGUGCCUGGAGAUUGCUCAUGUGA